UUAAACAAAUAUCGUCUGCUGGGGAUUUAAAUGUAAUGUAUUAUUCGGCCAAACAAUAGAUUCUUGAUUAAAAGGUACAACAACCAGAAUAAAACGUAUAUUAAAUGUCUAGAAAGAAUAUGAAAGUGUUUUGACCAAUGAAAACAAUCGGAAGGAGUCAUUGACAACUCUCUUGACAACCACGCGUAAAGCGCGAGAUUUUUGGUAGAAAUGGCGACGAGAAGUGCAACGAGUGAUAACAGGAUAGAUCUUCUCGCUAAUCCCAAAAGUGUUCCAAACACAUUCCAGGAAGAUAGGAGGUCAGUGUAUUGGGUUGACAGACAACCCCCCACUGCUGGGCCACAUGGAACCACACAGAUCAGUGGGGUGCGUAGAACUGUGAGUGAUUCAACAUUUAUUGCCAGUACCAGGGUGCAGGAGUUAGCCAAACACCGCACACCUAAUCAGCAUGGUUGGCGAGGCGACAGACCCACCCCUAUCUGGGCAGUACGUGAUGGGGCUAAGAAGGCAGAAGCUGGGCCCCGCCUGGUGGCCCUCAGUGAACACAAAGAACCCCAUCCCCGCUAUCUGUUUGACAGGACUGCCUACAUGACAAUGCCGCUUAUCACAGUAAGCGAUGGAGCAACAAAAGCAACCCCUACAGAAAGAUUGGAUUUAUUGUCCAAACCAAAAGAUAGGAGAGAUCGUGACAAAUUUGGGGUCAUCACCUUGGAAACAUCAUGGGGUCAAUACAACCCAGUGUCUCCAGCUGCAAAGACCGCCCAGUGUACCCCACAUGUAGAGUCUCUAUCAGAGCCUAAAAAAUACCACCCCCGCUUUGUUGGAGAAAAGCCAGUUCAGUGGAAAGUAGAUGAGAGUGCUCUCAAAGCCAUUGCCAAUCUCCGACUACAACAACUCUGUCGACCAAGGAGUCGGACGAUGAUCAAAGAUGAUUACGAUCCUUACAAAGUUUCCAUGGCUGCCAGACGUGCUCAUGCUACUCCACGAGUAGAAGAACUCUGUGUACCUAUCCCUAGAAAAGUUCGGGUCAAAAAAAUAGUAUAAUGGACAGUGUUGUCAGAUGGUUGUUAAGUUGUUGUCAUCCUUGUUUGCUUCUGGUGAUUUUUUCCUUCAACUGAAUUGAAUGAUACUACUUAAAGAAGAUAUGUUUUUUUAAUGCUCAAGAUUUAAGGAUUAUAGUAUUGUACAUGUUUUCCUGCCAACAUAGCUAUUUUAUAGAUGUAAUAUUGUAUCAUUUAUUUAUAUAGUCUGUGAUACUUUAUAUGUUUACUCAUUGAAAUUCUCUGCGAUUUAAAAAUAACAUUUCAGUUUUAUAUUUAGUUUAUUUCACCAAAAUGUUUAAAACUUAUCUUGGGUUUUCUUG